AUGAAGCUUUCUUUGGUCACCCUCGCUAUGAGCGCCAGCUUGGCUCUGGCCGCCCCCCUUACCCAGCGCGGUGAAGAAGUAUCCAAGCGCGCCCUGGCUACGGAGGAGACUGGCGCUACUUCCAAACGUGCCCUGUCAGACGAUGAAGUCGCUACAGUUGCCCGACGUGCUCUGACCGAUGGUGAGAUUCGCACAGUCGCCGAACGUGCCUUGACCGACGAUGAGAUCACUACAAUUACCAAGCGGGCUUUGACUGCUCUGGAAGACGAAGCAAUCAACAAGCGUGGUGUGAGCGAUUACAAGCGUGGUGCUGGUGCAUACGACUUCCGCGACGCGGAGCACAAGCGUGCUCUUGCUGGCGAGGAUGCUGCUGCUAUCACCAAGCGCGGGGAUGCGAAGUAUAAGCGUGGUCUUGACGACUACAAACGUGGUAUUGAAGACUACAAGCGUGGUGUUAGCACGUACGACUUCGACAACGAGGAGCACAAGCGUGCUCUUACUAGCGAGGACGCUCCUGUUAUCACCAAGCGUGGUCUCGAAGAAUACAAGCGUGGUCUUGAAGAAUACAAGCGUGCUCUUACUAGCGAGGACACUCCUGUUAUCACCAAGCGUGGUCUCAAAGAAUACAAGCGUGGUCUUGAAGAAUACAAGCGUGCUCUUACUAGCGAGGACGCUGCUGAUAUCACCAAGCGUGGUGCUGCUGCAUACGACUUCGGCAACGAGGAGCACAAGCAUGGCGAUGCCGAACAAAAGAAUGACGCUGUCCCUUCAAAAGAUGAUGCCCCUAAGGGAGGUGCUAUACACGCUGUCCUCGGCGGCGUUACUAAGGGCGUUGCUGAUAUUGUCAAGCGUGGUGAUGCCGAACAAAAGAAUGACGCUGUCCCUUCAAAAGAUGAUGCCCCCAAGGGAGGUGCUGUACACGCUGUCCUCGGCGGUGUUAGUAAGGGCGUUGCUGACAUUGUUAAGCGUGGUGAGGUCGGUUACUAA